UUCUUGUCGAGUUUCGGUAAAUGCCUCCGAAAUAAAUAUAAUAUAAUAUAAUAAUAAUUAAAUAAAAUCCCUCUAAUCCGCUCUUAACUUCAGUAUACUCCUUAACUGAAUUUCUCUCACACUGUGUGUAUGUUGCGAGAAUUGAAAUGUCGACGCUCUCAUUGAACGCUCCGCCAUCUCUAUCUUUCUCUUCUUCUUUCCAGCAAGUGAGAAGUUUGAGCUUCCUAUGUGGAUCCAGAGCUUCUAAUUUGGUCUUCAAGUUUCGUAGAUCUUUUCCAUCUGUCCGAGCUUCGUCUGGUUUCUCUUCCUCCCUCGACACCGGCUCAAGCACCGAAUUGGAAGCUGUCUCUAAGUUCAGUGAGAUAGUGCCGGACACUGUUGUUUUCGAUGAUUUCGAGAGAUUCCCUCCAACAGCUGCUACAGUUAGCUCUUCUCUCCUCUUGGGUAUAUGUAGCCUUCCAGAUACCAUAUUUAGAAAUGCUGUGGAAAUGGCUUUGGCAGAUUCAGAGUGUUAUGGGCUGGACAACACUGAUGCAAGAUUAUCAUGUUUUGCUAACAAGGCUUUAGUGAAUGUUGGUGGCGAUUUGGCCAAACUGGUUCCUGGUCGUGUUUCAACAGAGGUGGAUGCACGACUUGCUUAUGACACCCAUGGCAUCAUCAGGAAGGUGCAUGACUUGUUGAAGUUAUACAAUAAAAUUGACGUCCCAGCUGAGCGUUUGUUGUUCAAAAUUCCUUCAACUUGGCAAGGAAUAGAGGCGUCAAGAUUACUGGAAUCUGAGGGCAUACAAACGCAUUUAACUUUUGUAUAUAGCUUUGCUCAAGCUGCAGCUGCAGCCCAAGCUGGUACUUCUGUUAUUCAGAUUUUUGUUGGCCGCGUUAGGGAUUGGGCUCGCACUCAUUCGGGUGACCCUGAGAUAGAAGCUGCUCUUAGAAAAGGAGAGGACCCAGGGUUAGCCUUGGUGACAAAGGCUUAUAAUUACAUCCACAAAUAUGGACAUAAAUCAAAGUUGAUGGCUGCAGCAGUUCGUAAUAAGCAGGAUUUGUUCAGCCUUCUUGGGGUUGACUAUAUUAUUGCACCACUGAAGGUAUUGCAAUCUCUCAAGGAAUCUGUCAUUGCUCCUGAUGAGAAGUACUCGUUUGUGAGGAGGCUGUCCCCAGAAUCUGUUGCCAUGUAUAGUUUUACCGAAUUAGAGCUUACAAAGUGGGACCAAUUGACCCUUGCAUCAGCCAUGGGUCCAGCAGCCGUAGAGCUUCUGGCUACCGGACUGGAAGGUUAUAUUAAUCAAGCAAAGCGAGUUGAGGAGUUAUUUGGGAAGAUUUGGCCACCUCCAAAUGUGUAAAGUGGUUCUGUGUCUCUUGGAAUAAGAGGAUAUAAUGCCCAUUUUCAUGGAAUCUACUUUCCUUGUCCCUGUCUUUGACAUUAUAAUUAGUUUUUAACUCUAAAUAACCUUUUUUUUUCUUUUUUUUUCCUAGUCAACAAAGCAGUCAAUUCUAGAAAUUUGCAACAAACACACAUCUUAUGAUCAUGAAUGGAAUUUGCAAUGGAAGAAAUGUUGGGAUAAAAGAAA